GACCAUUAACGUCAUCAGGAAGCGCGGCGGCGUUAAAAACAAACGUACACUUGUCGCAAGAAGAGAUGAGAGAAGCCGCUUUCAGUGGAACAGAAACAACGCGUUUUUAUUGUUUUUCAUAGUAAUAUUCUACCGACCAUUUGAGGAUCAACCGCCACCAGUAUGCCGAGCAGCUGUCCCGACUGUGGCUCGUCUAAUGUGGUGGAGGAUGAUCUGUAUUCUCAGAGGCAGUGGGUGUGUGUGGACUGUGGGUCCGUGGUCUCUGAGGGACAUCUGACCACCUCACUGAGUGAAGAGACCCAGGGCAGAGCUGUGCCCUAUCAUGCUUCCACAGAGGUGUUCAAGCAACCGUGUAGAAAUCUAAUUGCUGGCUACUCUCGGGUCCGUGCACUGUGCCGUAUCCUCCGAUUAUCCAACGACAUGGAGUCUGCAGUAGCGAGUCUCUUUGGGCGCGCUUACAACCACCCAAACUUCAUCUACGUGACCUUAACCAAGAAAGAGAUCUUGGGAGGCUGUUGCGUACUGUCCGUCUGUCGCCAGUGCAACUGGCCUGUUGCCAUGGGAACCAUUGGUUACCUGUUGGGAGUGGAAAAUGCGACAUUAGGCGCCGUUUAUCGGGAGUUUACAAAGGCUCUGAACAUUGAGAUCAGUACUAUUAGCAUCAUGGACAUGCUGGAAAGCUUCUGCUAUGAUUUCAAGCUGGGUCCUCAACAGGUGGAAGAGGUGUUUGCUGAACCCCCCCAACGGCUGGUGGACAGGACGUCUGCUUUGAUUGAACUAGCCACUGAUGCCUGGAUAGUGACGGGCCGCCAGCCUUUGCCCCUCCUCAUUGCAGCGGUGUAUUUGGCAUGGCAGUCGCUAAAUCCUAUGGUCCGCAUGAAAUACACCUUCAAUAAGUUCUGCAAGAUCGGCCAAGCGCCUGAACAGUCGUGGCGCAGGAGCAGAGAGUCAGUUGUGAAGCGGCUGAAAGAGCUGCGGGACGUGCUGUGCAAGCUGGGCCGAGAGCUGCCGUGGCUGAGGGGCGGUGUGGUGGAGCCCAACACUGUGGUCAAACUGGUGGAUGACAUCCUGAAGAACCGCAAGGCGUUGCUCACGAGGGCAGUUAGAAACUACGAACAGCAGCUGCAAAAUGAGACUCAAACUGCACAAACGACAGAUUCAAACUGCUCCGAUUCGCCUUCCUCAAAGACUCCUGAGUUCGUGGAUCCCGGUCAGGCAGAAUGUGAGAAUCCUCCUGAUGAAGAACUACCACCAAACCACUGGAGUAAAAGGCACUUGUUUUUACCCCCCUGCGUGAAGAGUUGCAAGCGGCAGAGGGUUGACGCUCCGCAGCUGGAAGUGACCGGAGAUGAAGACAUAUCAGACAGUGAAAUAGAAUCAUACAUUCGCUCUCAGGAUGAAAUUGAAAUGUAUCAAAAGGUUCGGAAGGAGCUAAAGGAGGCAUAAUUGUGUCAGUCUUUACAUAUGCUGCUGAUAUAUAUAUGCUGUAUACAAUUGCUGCUGAUUUCCUGAUACUAUCUUUUUUUUUUUUUGUUACAUGAUUGAUUUUAUUUCAUUCAUUGCUCUGAUUAGUUCUGUUCAUUGUUAAUAAAUGCAUUUCUGUUUGAACUGGUAAAUUUCUAAAUGAUUUCUGACUAUUCAUGUUCUGUUUUAUGUAGCAAUGCCAUUUCAUUCUUGUUUGAAUCAGUGAUAAUUUAUAAACUUUAAAUUGAGUGUUUGAAUAUUUAUUUCUAAAUAUUGUUAAAC